UACUCGAUUACUCCUUCAAAACAUUAUUUUUAAUUUAUUUUAUUUAUAAAAAAAAAAUAAAAAGAAAACAAAAACAAUAAUUCAAACUGGAGUGGGAAUAUAUUAAAGGAAAUAAAGUAAUUGAUAAUAUGGAUUAUCGAUAUCUUGGUCAUAGCGGGCUCAAAGUCUCGGUUCUUUCUGUGGGAGGAUGGGUCACUUUCGGUCAACAAAUUUCACCAGAAAUGACUCUUAAAAUCAUGCAGAUUGCUUUUGAUAAUGGCAUCAAUUAUUUCGAUACCGCUGAAGUUUAUGCAGGUGGAAAAUCCGAAAUUGAUAUGGGUAACGCAAUUAAAAAAUUACAAUGGAAACGUUCGGAUUUUGUGAUUUCCACAAAAAUUUUUUGGGGAGGUAAAGGGCCAAAUGAUAGAGGUUUAUCAAGAAAACAUAUAAUUGAAGGUUUGGAUGCAUCAUUAAAAAGAUUGGGAUUAGAAUAUGUUGAUUUGGUUUUCGCUCAUAGACCUGAUCCUGAUACUCCAAUGCAUGAAAUAGUUCGUGCUUUCAAUUAUGUAAUUGACAAGGGAAAAGCUUUAUAUUGGGGAACUUCAGAAUGGUCGGCUCAACAAAUCAUGGAAGCUCAUGGUAUAGCUCAUAAACUGAAUCUCAUCCCUCCUUUGGCUGAACAAGUUCAAUACAACAUGUUUCAUCGUGAACGGGUUGAAUCGGAAUAUGAAUAUUUGUUUAAUGAAUUUAAAAUGGGUGCCGCUACUUGGUCACCUCUUGCUAGUGGAGUAUUGACAGGAAAGCAUAAUGAACGUAUUGCAGAAGAUUCUCGAAUGGCAUUAACAGAUAAUGCUGUUAUGAGACGUUUAAGAGAAGGUUUAUUAAGUGAAGAAGGAAGAACCAAAAUUGAAAAAGUGAAGAAAUUGAAGCCGAUCGCUGAUAAAAUAGGUGCUACACCAGCCCAAUUGGCACUUGCUUGGUGUAUGAAACAUCCAAAAGUCAAUACAGUAAUUACCGGUGCAUCCAAACCUGAACAAAUGGAAGAAAACCUUCGAGCUGUUGCAUUGUUACCAAAGUUAACACCUGAAUUCAUGGUAGAAAUUGAUAAAAUAUUAGAUAACCUACCACCACCUCAAUUUAAUUUCAGAGAUUCAUGAUAAAUAAAUUCCUGUAAAUAGAAAUUACAUAUUUUGGAAUUUGUACUACAAAUGUGUUAAAUUAUUGAAUCAAAAUUACAUACGUUAUUUUUAUUAUUAUAUCAUUAUUAUUUUUUUUUUUCCAUAUAAUUACAUUUUUAUCAAAUUAAUUAAUUUAAAUAAAAAAAAA